AUGACGAUGGUCAUUGAAAACCAGAACCGCCAGUAUGGCGGCAUGAGCUUCGACAAUGUCUACCACCACAAUCCACCACAAUUCACAGACCCUUGGGCAACCGCGCAUACCACCUCCCACUCCACUCCCCCUGUCUAUGCGACAUCCAUGGGCAACAGUGCCAACAUCGCCAUCCCCGGCAAGUCAGAGGAAGUCGGCCGCUCAGCAGCCAUGUCCAUGCCUUACCCCAACAUCCCCGUUUCAGCUCCAUCAAUGGUACCUGGCAACCAAUACGCCGCGACCGGCUACGGUCCAGAGGUCAUGGCCAUGCAACAUGAUGUACCGCGCACUGGUUUCGAGCAGGCUCCUACCUACACCACAGCUCCUCCCAUGAGCAGUUUCGCGCCCCCAACCUAUGCGCCAGUCAGCUAUGCCCCAAUUCACCCUUCGCAGCAGACCCAGGAUGCCCGUCGCAUGUCCCAUACAGAUGCUCGUGUCGGUUCUUCUCAAGCUCCACCAGGCGCUCCUACAUUUGGAGACGCGCUCGACGCUAGCAGAGGAAUGGUCGCCCUCAGCCAGGAUUUGACCCCCCGCAACAUCUACGGUCCUCGCGGUGGCCGCGGUUCCACCGAUUCCUACGGUUUCCCCUCAACACACUCCUCCGCCUCCUCCAUUUCCUCAGGUGGAAACUACCCCUACUACAGCGCUUCCGUGGGCUCCGUGGAUUCCUCCGUGACCGACUACAGCUCGAGCACAUCCGAGUCCUACGAGUCGCGCACUCUCCCCCGACCAACUAGCCUGUUGGCUGGAAGCGCACCCGCCGGCCCCCAGUCCAUGAUGAGCCAAUUCAGCUCCAAGAUGCCCUCCAACACGCAAAAGAAGCACAAGUGCAAGGUCUGCGACAAGCGCUUCACGCGUCCGUCAUCCUUGCAAACACACAUGUACAGCCACACUGGCGAGAAGCCUUUCGCGUGCGAUGUGGCUGGCUGUGGCCGACACUUCUCCGUCGUCUCCAACUUGCGUCGCCAUAAGAAGGUGCACAAGGGCGAGAAGGACAGCGGCUCCCCUGAUGAAGACGAGUAA